AUGUUCGAGAGGCAGCUCAAAGGGUUUAGGCCUACUCCGACAACCAUCGAGAAGUCGGCCGCGACAAAGACGUAUUUCGAGUUGGCUUAUUCCAAGAUCUUGCACCCGUCUGCUUCGUCCCCCUCUCCAGCGUACCCUUACACCCCACCCGCUCUGCGUAUCAAGGCUUUGGAAGAAGAGCUUUUGUCACAUCCGAGUUUGACACCACAAGACCGUGCCGAGGUCUUGGAGAAAUUCAGGUUGGAGGAGGAAGGCUACCUCCGUAACAUGCGCCGCGCAAUCGGACCCGGCUCAUUUGUCUCCGUCAAGAAUAUCGGACGUGGGGCAUUCGGCGUUGUCAAACUCGUCAAAGAGAAGGAUGGUAUGGGCGCCCCGAAUAAACCGAAGGUGUAUGCGAUGAAGUGUAUCAAGAAGAGUGAGAUGUUGAGGAGGGGUCAGGAAGGGCAUAUCCGUGCUGAACGUGAUGUGUUGGUGAAGGCUGCUGGGAGUGAGGCCGGGAAGGGUGGGAUUGUGGAGUUGAAGUGGAGUUUUCAGGAUGCUGACUUUUUGUACCUCAUCAUGGAAUACAUGCCCGGUGGCGACCUCCUCAAUCUCCUCAUCGAACGCGAUACAUUCCCGGAACCCUUCACCCGCUUCUACAUCGCGGAAAUGAUCCUCUGUAUCGAGGAAACCCAUGCCCUCGGUUUCAUCCACCGCGAUGUCAAACCCGACAACUUCCUCUUCGACGCCCGAGGUCAUAUGAAAAUCUCGGAUUUUGGAUUGGCUACGGAUUUGAGGUGGGAGCAUGAUGGGGCGUACUAUGAGGCGCAGAGGAGGGAUUUGUUGAGGAGGACUGGGGUUGGUGUUGAGGGGGAUACGAUUGACAGGAGGAAGGGGGCGGAAGUCCUAAACAAGCUCGGCCCGGACGGUGAAGGGGCGUUUGGGGGUGGUGAUCACGUUCUGAGUUGGAGGGAGAAGAAGGGGAAGAGGAUGUUAGCUUACAGUGUCGUUGGUACGAAUUCCUAUAUGGCGCCUGAAGUCAUUCGUGGGGAAGGCUAUGACGCUUCCUGUGACUGGUGGAGUCUUGGCGUUAUUCUGUUCGAGUGUCUCUACGGCUUCCCCCCCUUCGUCUCCAAGACCCGUCACGCAACCCGCAUGAAGAUCCUUCGCUGGCGCGAAAGUCUUCGCUUCCCCUCCGGCCCCCGAAUCUCCCCCGAAGCCAAAGACCUCAUCACCCGCCUUAUCUGCGAACGUCAAGAUCGUCUCGGUUCCUCCCUCUCCACCCGCACCGCCGGUCGGCCUAACUCGAUGUAUGCCACUGCGCGUGGUAGGCCGGAAGAGAGAGAUGGUGGGAUUCAGGCUGAUGCGGGGGAGAUAAAAGCGCACCCGUGGUUCAAGGGAAUCGAUUGGGCUACCCUCCGCGAUCAAGAAGCUCCAUUUCAGCCGGAGGUUAAGGAUAUCUUUGAUACCCGCUACUUCGAGGAACUCAGCACGGACGAACCCCUCGCCGCACCCGGUGCAGCCGCUGGCGGAGCCGCUGAACGUGCAAGGGAUGUGCUGUUGCGUGAUCGAGUCCACGGAGCACUCGCGUUGGAGAUGAGGAAGAAUCUGGCGUUUAAGGGGUAUACCUUCAAGGGUGGUAAGAAGAAGGAGUUCUUGAAGGAGUUUAGGAGGGAGAUGGAGCAGAGACUCGAGGAGGAGGAGAGGAGUAGGGCGAGUCUUGAGGUUGAGGAGGGGCAGGGUGGGAGGGCUAUGAGUUUGUGA